AUGAACUCCACGACAGCGGUAGUGUCACAGGGCCAGCAGCAGCGGGAACAGCAGCAAAGAUCCUUCUCCUUUGCGAACUUGUUUAAAGGGCGUGCUGGCGCCGCCACAAUGGCGGGCGUUCUGGAAAUUGCUUUUUUUCAUCCCUUUGACACCGUCGCGAAGCGACUCAUGACCAGCCGCACGCGUAUUCAGGCCGCCUCACUCGAGGGCACGCUGCGGAAUCUGAACACCACCAUCUUCCUCUCAAAGGCGGACGCCAGCGUGGCGCAAAAGUUCUUGUACCUUUACCCCGGCUCGGCCUACGCCGUCUGCUACAAGAUCCUGCAGCGAGUGUACAAGUUUGCUGGGCAGCCCUUGGUGCGGGACCACCUGUUCGCCCGCAACCAGCAAACCUUCACGACGCUCUUUGGCCGCCGCGACCGGCUGAUGAUAGAGUCCGUCUCCGGCUGCAUUAUUGGCCUUGGAGAGGUCCUUUUGCUGCCUCUGGACCGCCUGAAGGUACUGAGCCAGGCCAACGAGGCGGUCAUGCGGCGCGGCGUGCUCCAGCUGUUGCGGCAGGAGGGCGUCCGUGGCAUGUACGCCGGCACCGUCGUCACCAUGGCGCGCAACGCUCCCGGUUCCUUCUGCCUCUUUGGCGGCACUGCCUUCACGAAGGACGUUGUCUUUGGCCUGGAAGACUACCGCCGGGCGACGCUGUUUCAGAACCUCUGCGCCUCCACGGUGGGCGCCUGCCUCAGCAUCACGGUAACAAACCCCAUGGACGUCAUUAAAAUUCGCGUCCAGAACAAGGACCCUGGCGCCCAGCUGAGCGCCGUCGCGGCUCUCUCGCAGCUGCUGCGGGAGGAGGGCGCGACGGCGCUCUUCAAGGGUCUCACCCCGAAGGUCAUUGCCUCGGCCCCGAAGCUGAUUUUUGCGUACAGCAUGACUGAGUUUUUUAUGCAGCUCAUGAACGCCAAAAAGGCGGUGGCAAAGCCCUCGUAG